AUGGAUGUGCUGCUCACAAGUACUUUGAUAGGCAUACGAGAAACCCUUGCAAGUCCAGUACAGACUGUAGCCCCAAAGGACCCAAAUGCUCCUUUAUCGGACAUGCUCAAGAAGAUUCCGUUGCCACCUGAUGAGAGGAUGUCGGUCGGGAUGCAUCUAUGCAAGCUAGAAUUUGCAGUCCAUCGAGGUUUUCUUGUCAGCAUGGGUCAAGAAUACCUGGAGCGUUGGGUGUAUACAUACUUAUCUGACAAUUAUCCCGCUGGCAAACGUGCCGACAAUGAUCUUGUUGGUAACCUUGGAAACAAUGAUACUGCUAGUAACCUUGGCGAUGAUCCUGCUGUUAACUCUAGCCCUUUCUGA